UAGACCUCUUCAUGAUGAUGUCCAUUGUAUCAUAUUUAUAUCUGUACAUGUCACUGCAUACACUAAUGUAUAUAUAUAUUAUGCGUUUAGUGGGAUUAAGGGGAUCACUACUAACAAACAGUCUUUCAAAUAGCUUAUAUCAUCCAAAUUUUGGGCAGCAAACAAAAGCAAAUAGAUAUCCCUGGAACCAAGCUCACAUCUGAGAAAUUAAAAAAAAAAAAAAAUCAGAAAUCAACUAGCAGCUAAAAGAACAUUAGACAACACAUAGGAGGAUUUGAGUCCAAUCUUAGCUAUGUGAUAUUGGGCAAGUCAUUUUCUCUCUCUAGGCCUGUUUUCUCAGCUGUAAAAUGAAAGACUAGAUGUUCUCAGAGAUCCCUUCAACCUUUAAUAUUCUGAUUCCAUAAUUAGACUUGAAAUAAAAACUUACUUCAAAAAGCACACUGCAGAGUACCCCAGUUUGGGGUUCUCUAUCCACUAGCAGGAUUAUCAUCUUCAUCAGAAACCUGAUAAAUGUAGUGACCCUAAGAAGCAUGGCUUGAGUUCCUAGAAGGUAUUCUGGGCUUCAUCCAUCACCACUUUUUAUGUAAAUAUUUCAAUAUAUAAGGUAUUCUAGCCUCCCCCACCCCAGGGUGUGGUCAAUGGCAUGAGAGGGCAGAAUUGUCUUUCAUCCCAACGCGGAUUAGCUAAUUCAGUUUUUCUCUUCCAUCUGCCUUCUCUGACCCAAACCCCUUUCCCCUCUCAGCUCCCUAGAACUCGAGAGAAAAAUCUGAUGGCUUUUCAAAGACAGGCGCUAAUAAAAUAUAUUUUCUCUAAAGGCAGCCCUGCAUCUUUUGGUUUGGGGGAAAAAAAUUGUUGCUACACUGAGAAAGGUGACAAGGCCAAUAGCUGAGGCUUCUCCUUCACGAUGAUAUAUGCCCAUUUUUACCCUGUACUGUAUGCAAUGAGGAUAUUAUCAUUAGCUAGCUUAGCACAUGCAUCUGACACGUGAGGAAGUAGGGAAAAAAAAAAAAAAAAAACAAGCAGUGGGGCAAUUUACCCCCAGGCUGUCUGACACCUUCCUUAUUUCUUUGCUGGGGUGGGGGAAGGAGGAGGUCAUGCGCCAGGGAAGAGGGUUUCCCAACCCCCUCCCCCCCAACAAUUUUAUUUCCUGCUUCCUUAAGACUCUAUUAAUCACAGCGAGCGCGCCUUCCGCACAGCUGCUCUGCCUCCGACUACUUCACUCUCAUUUUCCACUGAGCAGGUUCUCAUUCAUUCAUGAUUGGUACUCAGCCCCAGUCCCAUGCCUCCCGGGAGACCCACCCCAUGCCUCCCGAACUGGAGUUUAGUAUGCACGGGGAGGGGAGGUAUUGAGACUCAGCCCCACAGGCGGCUGGCUGACUGGCUCGCACCAUCAUCGGGGACGCGAGUAAGGAUUAGCCCGAUGUGUUGAUGGGGCUGAGCUCCAGUAAAUAUUUUGAUGCAUCUGCUUUCAGCCCUGGUCUGAGGGAAUCUACCUGGCAUUAUCAUUUGACGGGGAGCUGUUUUGAAUGAUAACAGAGCAGCUGCUUGUGUGAGUCAGUGCAUGUGUGUUGACUGAAGAGGAGAAAAAAAAAUCUACAAACCCAACGUUUGCUGAAUACCAAGCUGCAGUGUUGGCUGCCCCCUUUUCUUUCUUUCUUUCUUUCCCUUUUCCUUUUUCUUCUUCUUCUUCUUCUUUUUUUUUUUUUCAGUAGACAAGCCAAACUGAUCUCUUUCUAAAAGAGGGGGAGGGGCGGGGGAAGUAGGAGAUCCAAAGUAACACACAACUACCAGUGAUCAUGGGGGCUGUGAUGGGCACCUUCUCCUCUCUGCAGACCAAACAAAGGCGACCCUCCAAAGACAUCACCGGCUGGUAUUACCAGUAUCAGAGAGAUAAAAUUGAGGAUGAGCUGGAGAUGACCAUGGUGUGCCAUCGGCCUGAAGGACUGGAACAGCUUGAGGCACAGACCAACUUCACCAAGAGAGAGCUUCAAGUCCUGUACAGAGGCUUUAAAAAUGAGUGUCCCAGUGGGGUGGUUAAUGAAGAAACAUUCAAACAGAUAUACUCCCAGUUUUUCCCACAUGGAGAUGCAAGCAUGUAUGCUCAUUAUCUCUUCAAUGCCUUUGAUACCACACAGACAGGUUCUGUAAAGUUUGAGGAUUUUGUAACUGCUCUUUCGAUUUUGCUGAGAGGAACGGUCCAUGAGAAACUGAGGUGGACAUUCAAUUUAUAUGACAUCAAUAAGGAUGGCUAUAUAAAUAAAGAGGAGAUGAUAGAUAUCGUCAAGGCCAUUUAUGACAUGAUGGGGAAAUACACUUAUCCUGUGCUCAAAGAUGACACUCCAAGACAACAUGUAGAUGUGUUUUUCCAGAAAAUGGACAAGAACAAAGAUGGUGUCGUGACUUUAGAUGAAUUUCUUGAAUCCUGUCAAGAGGAUGACAACAUCAUGAGGUCCCUUCAGCUCUUUGAAAAUGUCAUGUAACCAUAAAUUAGCAAGCCAGUCAUCUGGACAUCAGAGACAUUGUACCAGAAAAAAAAAAAAAAAAAACUCAAGAAACUGAACAGUUCUCAGUUCAGAUUUUACAUACCAAGUCAGCAGAAAAGCUUUUAAAGAAGAACUUUGGGGGCAUUUACCACUGGGUAAUUCCUCUGGACAUCCACCACCUGCCUCAGUCUCUGAAUGCUAAGAACCCUGCCUAUUCUUUCUUCGUUUUCUCAAGACACAAUGAUGGAAUUUUAUUUCAUUUCAAAAGCAUGUGAAUCUCUUCAGGCCACUGUCACCAUGGACAGAUCCCUCUGCUCAAAGCUUUAUUGCUAGUACACAGUAAUCUGUGUGUGCUCCCACAUGCCCCCAACUGAAAGGUUCCCAUACUCAAUGAUGCUAAGAGCACCAAGUGGUGAGCUUGCUCUGCUGUUUGCCUGCUGUGAGUGGAAGCUACUCAGCUCAUCCUUCAGUGUCAUCCUAUACCAACAUACCUUUUCAUUAAAACUAAAAAAUAAAACUUGUUCAGUAAGGUCAAACCAGUGCUAUACUCAGAAAACCAGCAUCGGAUUGAUUCCCCUUCCAGUACUUUAGGGGAUGGGUCUGGUUGAAUAAAAAUGACAUUCUCAUGAUCCAAAUUUCCUUGAUGUUUCUAUACAUGAAGGCCAUUUACACUGUUCUGGCGAUUCAGUCCUCCAUCUUUCCUGGGAGGGAAAAGGAGGGGAUGAACUGGACUAUUGUAUGACCUAUGGCACACACUAGUGCUCUCUGUAGCAGCAUUUUCUUCUACCCCAAAGCCCAGCACUGCAUGUUCCACCCAGCUGCCCUUGCCCAAGGUCGUCUCUAGAUCCUUGUAAUUUUAUACCAUGUUCUAACCAAUAAACAUAACUGUUUCUUAUGUUA